AUGAUAUACGUUAAUGUGGGCGGAGCUACAAUACAGAUGCUAAUUGACUCUGGCGCUAGCUGCAAUAUCGUAAACCGCAAUGUAUGGAGCGCCAUCAGUUAUAACGACGAAACAUUAACCCUAUCGAAAAGCACAAAAAGAUUGUUUUCUUACGGAUCAAAGGAACCAUUACAAAUACUAGGAACAUUUCGGGCACUCACAAAGUAUAGGCUGCGCGAAACAUACGCAGAAUUUGCUGUCGUUAAUGGCGAUUACAUUUCCUUACUAGGAAAGGACACAGCGGUAGAGCUAGGAGUUUUACGCAUAGGAGUCGAUGGACCGGACCUCUGCUCUGUUGUAAGUGAACUUGAUAAGAUUGUUGCCUCAAGGAAUCCUGUUUUCGAUGGAGUAGGGAAACUGAAAAAAUUUCAACUGAAAAUUCAUGUCGACAAAACCGUGACCCCCGUAGCACAACCGUUACGACGCUUACCGUUUAAUGUGAGGAAAAGCGUGAACAAAAAGCUCGAGGAGCUGAAGAAGAUGGACAUAAUUGAAAAGGUAAACAACCCCACGGCUUGGGUGUCACCACUUGUCGUUGUGCCAAAGAAAAACGGGGAAAUUUGA